AUCUGACUGACAGUUUCCAACCCAAACACAACGUGAAACCCUCCCAGCUGCAAAAAAAGAAAGAAAUCCCUCCCAAAUCUCAACGUAACAAGUUGGGGAGUUACUUUUACUUUAGUAACUUUUUGGAAAGAAUAUACCUUUAGGAGUAUUUUUACUGCUCUGUAUUUUUUACUUUGACUUGAGUAAUUUCUGCUCUGACUCAGAGGUGAGCAGUGAGCCCAAAAAUUUACUCGAGUAACAGCAGCACAACCGCUUGGCGCAUAUUAAUUAACGUACAAUAUUGUGCAUUAUUAAAGAUGUAAAGUUGGUCAAAAUUGGUUUAUGAUUAAUUAAUAUUGAUUAUAUUAAUAUUAAUUCAUAUAAAUUAAUUUUAUAUUCUUCAAAUUAAUUUUAUUUAGCCAAAAAGUUAUUUCUCCUGACAUUGAUGUACAAGUUAAGCUGUGCUGCUCUUGACGGUUGGUUACCAUAGCAACCAGUAACUGACAACUCGUCCAUCUUUCGUUUUCGGUUGCCGUUAGGGCAGAAGCUUUAUUUUCUCUUGUUCGAAUAAAUACAGAGAACCUGAGUGUGUUGUGAAGUCAACCCACUGGAAAGAACGGUUACAAAUAUAUAUCGGAUUUAGCUAAGUGCUAAUUUCCAUCUGUAGUCUCAUGAAAUUUUAACAACAGCAAAGCUAUUUUUAUUCAUUUUUUCCAGCUCAACGUGUUAAAAAGAAGCCCAAUUGGGCGGAAACCAGCCCCAAUCUGGCAACACUGCCCCCAGGGUGAAAUUCCUGGUCUGCGGCCCAAAUACCGAAAUUCCAAAUCUGUCCAAAUCACACAGAUUCACACACACACACGCCCCCUCCUCUCCGCUUCCCUGGUCCCACAACACACCUGGUUUCAUUUAAACCAAACCCCCGCAAAAGCCCCAGGCUCCCCCACCCUUCUCCCACUUACCCCCCAUCUAUCUGUGCUCACCAGCUUUUCCUUUUUUCCAACUUUAAGCCCUCGCUGUCGUCCAAUCUGACAUGAGGGGAUAUUUAUAGCAGUGGGAGAAAGAAGUUAAUGGAAUGUGGACCAGGAAAAAAAUCAAGCGACUUUCCAAAGAACUACCGCGGAAAACUUGUUCGUUUCUUCCUGAAACAAAAUGCUGAAAACUAUAAUCGCGCUCCUUUCUUGUUUGUACAUGACUAAAGGAUUUCUGUUUCUUUGCGUUAUGAUGCAAACUAAUCGGGAUGUUGCCUAACCAAAGGUAGUUAUUAUGAGUCAACUUGGGGUCAAACAAUGAAACAGCAGAAGGAAAAUAACUUUUAAAUGGAGAAAUUAGUGGGUUAUCUUAGAAACUAAUUGAUUAAAUUUAACUCCAGUUCCAUAUGAAACUAGUUAAACUUUUAAACCUUCAAAUAUUUCUGCCACAACCCAGACAAAUGUGUUUAUUUUAUUCUAGUAACAGAAGUCUACUUGAAAAACUGCUCAGAUAUAAUCAUUAGCUGUAUGAGUGUUUGUCUGUGUGGUGUUAUAUUUUCUGUUUUAUUUCUAUUUUAUUCUACAUUCAUUUUUUUUAACUUGACUGCAGAUGCGAAUUACCUUAUGCUACAAUCUGGUACAAUGCAUCAGAUGGUGACAUUUAUGUUUGAGCUGAAAAUUACAUUCUUUUUUUAAACAAAGUUUUAUUAUUAUUAUUAUUAUGUUGUAUGCUAUCUGAAGUUGAACCAAAUCUCUUCUGGUUUAGUUCAGAAUUACCCAAAUUAUUUAUUUCUGUUUUCAAAGUGAUAACAAAUCUGCCGCCAAUUAACGCAAAUGUGCCUGUUAACCAAUCAGAAGCUUCCACAGCCAUGACAUCAUCAUCUGGGCGUCCCGCAUUGUUUAAACAGACAGUAAUCAUUCAGUGUGGAAACGUCUGACUUUGAAGGCAAAUAAAUAUCUGACAUAUUCUGUCAUUAUUGUGGCAUCUAGCAAAUAGAAAUAAUUUUGGUAAUUCUAACUGACCUAAAACAAGAUUUAACUUCAAACAUUGAGAAAAAAACUUACCAAAAAACUUUGGUUUGUGCUUUGUCAUGAAAACAUUUGGACUGAAACUGACUGACUGAGCAGCCAGAUAUAAAAACUGUUAGAGGUACAGAGACGUACAUCUAACACCGUGGAUCCGACGUCGGGGGCGGCAGAGAUCAGUGUGCGUCCUGUGAUUGGCGACUUCCUGUCCAGCAGGAAGUUGUGAACGGAGUUUUAAAGCUGCUGCUGCUGCAGGUCUGCAGACAGUCACAUUAAGGCUGGACCAGAUAUGGCUCUGCUGAAGUUUCGGCUGCUGCUGCUGCUGGGGUUGGGUGAGCAGGACACGCUUCCCCUGGCUCUGAAUGCUGAGUUUUGCAGUGAGCUCAGCGUCUCUGCAGAAGAGAAUCAUUGGAGGUCAGAACUGUAGAGACGAUGAGCGACUCUAUCAUGUGACGAUCUAUAGAUAUACUCAAACAAACGAAAAGUUCUGUGGAGGAUCUCUGAUCAGUGAUCAGUGGGUUCUGACUGCAGCUCACUGCUGGGACUCAGAUCCAGGAUGGGUUAAUGAGGUCCUUGUAGGAGUUCAUCCUAGAAGUGCUCCAAAGCGGCUGUAUGGAAUCACUCAGCGUGAGGUUUACAGAGACAACAACGGUCGUCAGCAUGACAUCAUGCUCCUGAAGCUGUCAGAAAAAACAACAAUCCGACCAAUCAAACUACCCGACUGUCCAGAUACUCUCCUAUUAGGCACCAGGGUUCAGUUUGCAGGUCACGGACCAACAGAAGUUGGCUUUUUUAACAAAAGAAUCGCACAAAGUCCAGGUGAUCUUCAGUGUGCAGAGUUAAAGAUUGCUAAACAUGAGAAGUUGGAAAAGGCACUGGCAAAAGUCAGGAACUUUAUGUUCAGUUACCAGAAGUGGUACAGCGUGGAAAGCUCUAAGAAGGACUCAUCUCACGGCGACUCUGGUGGAGGACUUGUGUUCAAGAACAGGCUGUAUGGCAUUGGUGUCUUCGUUGGAGAUUCACUGUAUGCACUCACAAAACCAACUGGCUUCCUGGAUGUCUGUGCCUACAAGCAGUGGAUAGAUGACACAAUUAACUAACCAAAAACCCCUGGUUGCUAAGUGUGUCUAUUGUGGCUAAAUGUUCCCAGCAUCAUAAAAUGACAAAGUUUAAUCUUUAAAUUUAAAUUUUCAAUUGAUUCACUUUCUGAUUUACAGCUGAAUCAUUAAGUUAAGUUAAUCUGUGAUAAUAUCUUAUUUCUCAAUAAGUAAAGCUGCUGUUUGUAAUAAUCAGUAAUAAUAUCCACUGUCACAUGACUAGGAAAUAAAUGGCUGUCCUCUGAUCAGAUUGUCUCGCUUGUGCUUAUUUCUGGUUGUUGGUGAAGAAAAUAACAGAUUUUAAAAUAUUGAACACAUGUUGAACUUUAAAGGCUGUUAAACAAACUUAGAAUCCAGGAAAACUACUUCCAGAAUAGGAACAUUAAAAAUUUGAGCAUACUUGGAAAGCCCAGAUUAUACUUACUUCCUUAUACUUAUCUAGCAACCAUGAACAGCAAUUAGAACAAACUUAGAAACCAGAAUAACUACUUUAGCAACUACGUUUUAGACUUCUAUUCUGCCAACCCAGAAAAGGAAUUAGACCAGAGGUUACUUAUUUUUUUGUUUUUCUUUUGCUCUUUCCUUUGGUUUGUUAUUAGGCCUUCGCAGCGAAAGCGAAGGCCUAAUAAUGUACGUAAUAAUGUUUAUUAGUAAACACUAUGAUCACAUAGUGUUUACUAAUAAACAACUAAAAAAGUUGUUUUUUAGGGUUAUGAAAAACAGCUUUUUAAAAAAGUA